ACUACCACCACCAUAUUUUACUGUUGCUAUGUUAUUGUUUUUCUGAAAUGCCAGAUGUAAUGGGACACACGCCUUCCAAAAAGUUCAACUUUUGAGUAUUUUCCCAAAGGUGUUGGGGAUCAUCAAGAUGUUUUCUGGCAAAAUUGAGACCAUCCUGAAUGUUGUUUUUGUUCAGCAGUGGUUUUUGUCUUGGAACUUUGGACGUUUUUGCCCAGUGUCUUUCUUAUGGUGAAGUCAUGAACACUGACCUUAACUGAGGCAAGCAGGGCCUGCAGUUCUUUGGAUGUUGUUGUGGGGUCUUUUGUGACCUCGCAGACGAGUCGUCGCUGCGCUCUUGGGGUCAUUUGGUUGGCUUUUCUCCCUUAAUAAUAAACAGUUUCAUUUAAAAACGGCAUUUUGUGUUGAGUUGUGUUGUCAUUGACUAAUAUUUACAUUUGUUUGAUGAUCUGAAACAUCGUGUGUGUGUUUAAGUGUGACAAACAUGAAAAAAUAUAAGAAAUCAGGAAGGAGGCAAACACUUUUUCACACCACUGUAAGUGUGAUGUUUGUGCUUGAGUCAAUAGAUGUUAAAUGUGAUGUUGCAUUUUUGUGUACGUGCAGUCCUGCACGUUCCUCCGAAGGCUUGAUGUUGUUGUCAUGGAAGUGUGUGUUAAGAGAUGGGAUGUCAGUCACAUGGACUGAAAACUCCCCCAUGAGGAUUGAUCCGAGUGUGUCUUAUUUGCCCUUCCUGAGUGAAAAAAACAAAACAAAAAAGGCGGGAUGUGAUGUGGCGCCUCUUUCCCCUGGAGACCUGCAAUGUGAUCUUCCCACAGGAUGAAUUCCUCUCAUUGUGAGUGACAUCACACAGAGAUUCCUCAACAAGUUCCAUCCAGCAGCCAGCGAGCGCAGAGGACCUUCCAUGUGUCAAUAUGUGUCUUAACAUGAGAUGCAAAUAUGUGAUUGAUUAUUUCACCUGAGUAGAGAAGAGGCUGGAGCACAUCAAGGCACGUUUGCAAGCUUGUCGUAAUCUUGGGUUGACAUUUCCCUGCAGCUUUUAUCCAAUAUUUAUGUCACUUCCACAAUGGAUUGCAUAUUCAGCUGUCAUUGUAAAUACGCAUUGGGUUAAAACAUUUGCAGGGGGGCUGGAUUGAUUUGUCUUAUUUUAGCUGGAAAGGUGUUCUACAAUCUGCUGUGUGUGCUUGGGUCCAUUUUUUCAGGAGCACUUUAGACAUCUGGAUGUUACUUUGCAUUACAGUGUUCCCUCGUUUAUCACGAGGGAUGGCUUGCCAAAAUAGGCCGCAAUAAGUGAAAUACGCAAAGUAGCCAUCUUUGUUUACAAUUAUUAUUUAUGUUUAAAGGCAAUAAAACUCCUCCCCUUACACUUUAUUUAUUUUUUUCCUCAUACACUUUAAAACUUUCCUCAGACAGGCAUUAGCAUUUGAUCACAUUUCUCUCUUGUUUAAACACGCUCAAAGUUCACAUUUGCUUUGAAUUUUAAUGAUCAACUUCAGAGACUGGACACAAGAAAUGAAGUGCCUGACGCAUAUUUCACUCCUCUGAUCGUGACUUGUCCUGGCGCCGUCCAGCUCCAGAGUUUUUGGAUCCUUGUUAAAACAUAUUCCCCCUUAUCGUCCUCCAUGAACUGGAGAUUCAUGUACAGUAUUCCAAGCGCCUUACUCAACAGUCCUGAUUGGCUAAGGGAGAACCCGCCAAUUGUGUUCUGCGUUCUGAUUGGCUGUAGACCAUCGUCAAUCAGUCUCCUUCGUGCGGGACUGCCUGUUUCCUGUUGUAUGAUUGCUAGCUACUAGCGAUCAUACAGUACAUGCUGAGUGAAGGCAGAAGUUACGCGGAUGAGGCUACGCGUACUGAGACGAACUGGACACGUCUUCAACUCUCACAUGAGUAUACAACACCCUCUGCUGGUAGCAGUAGGAAAUACAAUAACAGACUCAUACAACAGAGCACCCAUAGUUCGCUCUGAUACUACACGAGGAUGCGCAGCACAAUGCGCGUUCAUACGCUGUUAAUUUAAAAAAUUCUGCGAAAGGGAGAGUCCGUGAACCGCGAUGUGGCGAGGGAACACUGUACUGCAAAAAGCACUCGUCAAAAAAGUCUUUAUCACAAGAAUGCUGUGCUUUCUUGUGAUACCGCAAAAACACUAGUCAAAGGUUUUCUAUAGUAGCUUUUUUUCAGGAACUACUGCAAAAAAAAAUGCUAAUCAAAAAUCUCCCAUACAAGGCAGGAGAGCUCUGCAGUUUUAAAGGAUCUAGAAAGACAGAUGGAUGGAUGGAUGGAUGGAUGGAUGGAUAGAUAGAUAGAUAGAUAGAUAGAUAGAUAGAUGGAUAGAUAGAUAGAUAGAUAGAUAGAUAGAUAGAUAGAUAGAUAGAUACUUUUGCAUUUCCAGCAGCUCAAAGUGUCCUAAUAAACGUAUUCACUUAAAAAUAAAACAAACAAAGCAAAAUAGGAGAGUUAAGAAAAAUAAGAAAAUAUAAUAAGUAAAUAAAUACGUAACAGAUCACUUCAAUUUCAAGAAUACAUAAUAAAUAACAAUAAUAAUACAAAUACAUAAUAAGUUAAUAAGUCCAGUCCUGUGUAUGUUUCAAUGCUCCCCCUCUGUUGUGUUGUAAAGCCACAUGGUGUGGAGCAGGGCAGUGAUAGUAAUCUGCCACUGAAACUGCUCUUCUGUGGGGAGAUGAUGCUGUGCGUUGGAUGAUGCUGGUUGUCCAUGAUGGAAAGGAAAGGAGCCUCCUCGGUGUCCUUUGCUCUGCCACAGAUGCCAGGCUGUCCAGCUCAGUGCCAAUCACAGAGCCUGCCUUCCUCACCAGUCUGUCCAGGCGUGUGACGUCCUUCUUCUGCAUACAGGAGAGCACAAGCUACCACAGUCAGUAGCAACUUCUUGUAUACGUUGAAGGACGCCAGCCUUCUGAGGAAGUACAGACAGCUCUGCCCUUUCCUGCACAGAGCAUCCAUGUUGGCAGUCCGGUUUAUCAUCCAGAUGCACUCCCAGGUGUUUGUAGGUGUGAACCACCUCCACACGGUCAACUUUAAUGAGAACAGGUUCUGGGUGUGUCCCGUUUCUCCUCAAGUCCACCACCAUUUCCCUGGUCUUGGUGGUGUUGAGGUGCAGGUGGUUUGCGUCACACCGGUUGACAAAGUCCUGGAUCAGUUACUACAGAUCUACUGCAAAAACUUCACACUGACCCUUGAACUCACUGAGAUACCGCUACUCGUUUCGAGUUUGAUGUCAUCUGUCUACUUAUCAGUGCUUGCCUGUGACCGCCACAAAGAAACCACCUGAGUGAGCAAUGGGAGCAAAGGUUGUAGGUCAGUGUGUAGUUCAAAUCUUGGCUGUGGACACUUGUGGUGCAGAGUGGCACGGGUGUCUAGGAGAGCUCAAAUAUAAGAUUUCUUGUGUGUGAUGGGGCUAAACAAAGCAACACUAGCAAGUACACACUAGCUGUUUGCUGGGAGACACAUGCCUCUGCAUGGUGUUGUGGGUUAGGUGUGCGUGACUCACAACCGCCUGCUUGCCUCUGUUGCUUUUUUAGCUCAACUUGGAUCAUCAUUAUUACCCACAGCACCCCGCAUGUUAAUUUCCCUGGUAACACCCGGUGUCUUUUGUUUCUCCAUAUAAAACAGCAGGUCAUCAAUUUCCCCGUUGCACUCUGUAGGCAACGCGCCAUCUUUAAUAUCAACCCUGACGCCAGGUAACCACUAUUUUUCACGAGACGUGAUUCAUUCCACUGACUCAUUGUUUGUAGUAAACACUGUUAACGCCCCCACCCCAUCUAUGAUCACUGUAAACAUGCUUGCUCCCCCCCAUUGUGUGUAAUUUCCCCUCCACGUAAGUCCCAUCUAACAUUUUUGUUAGAUAGUCCAAGGGCUCCACACACACAGAAGCUCCCUGUUUGGCCUGCAGCUCCCACAUCUGUCAUGAUGACGAAACCUGCAUAGGCCAAGAGGACAAGAAAGACACAAGGCAGACAAUGAGUGAUGAAACAGCCACUAAAGACUUCCUCUUCAAGUUCUUGGUUAUCGGCAGCGCUGGAACGGGAAAGUCCUGCCUCCUCCAUCAGUUCAUUGAGAGCAAAUUCAAACAGGACUCCAACCACACCAUCGGAGUAGAGUUUGGUUCCAGAGUGGUCAAUGUCGCCGGGAAGACGGUCAAACUGCAAAUCUGGGACACUGCCGGGCAGGAGCGUUUCCGUUCUGUGACACGCAGCUACUACCGCGGAGCAGCUGGAGCACUUUUGGUCUAUGAUAUUACCAGCCGUGAGACGUAUAACGCCCUGACCAACUGGUUGACAGACGCACGCACGCUCGCGAGCCCCAACAUUGUCAUCAUCCUGUGCGGCAACAAGAAGGACCUGGAGGCAGAACGAGAGGUCACCUUCCUGGAGGCCUCGCGCUUUGCUCAGGAGAACGAGCUGAUGUUCCUGGAGACCAGCGCUUUGACGGGAGAGAACGUGGAGGAGGGUUUCCUCAAGUGCGCUCGCACCAUUCUCAACAAGAUAGAUUCAGGCGAGCUGGAUCCGGAGAGGAUGGGCUCAGGCAUCCAGUACGGGGACGCUUCACUGAGGCAGCUGCGACAGCCCAGAGGCAGCAUCGCACAGAACAAGCAGCACUGUAGUUGCUAGUUGUGGACACCUUCCCCCCCGCCAAUCCCCCACCCCUCCUCCCCCCCCAACACUCUUACAGUCCAUAAACCCACACCGACAGGACAGGCCAGUGGCCGCGAUAUCAGCCCAGCUCCAGUUGUUUUGGGGUGUCUUCUCACACACCUCACAGCACCUGGAUGAGUGGAGAUCACUGCAACUCCUUUUUGACGCUCUGGUAAGACGUAUUUAUGCGUGUGGACACACUGGGAUUGGGUGCUUACCAGCUAGUAAUGGACUAGUGUCAAGUUGUAUGGAUGUGCUAUACAGUAUAUUCAUGUCUUUUAUUUCAUACACGCGCUUCUAAUUGCCAUUUUAGUAACACCCGCAGCUCUAACAUUUGCACAGCCAUUUUUACACAUUUUUAUUAUGAGGGAUGCUCCGAUCAGGUUUUUAUUCUGCCGAUACCGACCAUCCAUGAGUGAAAUCAGCUGAUACUGAUCACAUAGAUGAAGUGUACGAUUGGUUGUAUCAGGGCUCACCAAGGUUUUUUCUUGUGAGAGCGACUAAAUGAAAAUGGCCAAGAGCUACUCCUUUAUUUCCAUAGCUGAUUUCAAGCCAAACAAGUCCAGGGUGUACCCCGUCUGUCGCCCGAAGUCAGCUGGGAUAGGCUCCAGCAUGUCCCGCGAGCCUAAUGAGGAGAAGCGGCAUAGAAAAUGGAUGGACGGAAGCCAAUAUGCUUGUUUUACCAGAACAUCCACAACUCACAUUUUCUAUUUCACGAUGCAUUUCUUUCUAGUUUUCUCACAUUAUUCACUGAAAACCUCAAUGAGGGCCCCGCAUGUGGUCAUGGGGGGGCUCACUUUGGUGACCCCUGGGCUAUGUGAUAUGAAGGGGGAACCAUGAUAAAAACAUAUUUGACUUACUUUUUCAAAAUCAACUUUUUCAGACGUGGUGUCCUCCACCGCCGCCGACGGCCGACCAUCCGGUCUGACGAAUCACUUUUCGGGCUAUCCGCCUUAGACCGCCGACUGCCACGCACACACAGGCGCGUGUCUUGCGUUCUCGGCUAAUUAGCUGGCCCCCGAUCGAUGAACACAUCACGAGCCGUGAAAACCCACCACACCCUGCCAAGCGCCCGCCCCCCAAAUGCUGCACCAAAGUAAAGCUUUUGAAGGCACCAGCAACAGGAAGUGCCACACGGCAGACGUGCUUGUUUUGGCUUUGUGAAGGGACGGUGGGUGGGAGACGGUCGCUAUAGGCUGGAUGCAGCCUAUCGGCCUUAAAAAGCAAAGUAUCGGCAUAUGCCGAUACCAUGCUUUUUCCACAGAUAUCGGCGGAUACUCAUCGGUGGUCGAUCGAUCGGAGCACCCCGAAUUAUUAUUGAUGCUUUUUUUUGGCUUCUUUUCAGCGUAAAUGUAAAAAUGAACACAAAAUGAACGCAAAUGUUUGGAGCAGGGUCAUGAAGGUGUCUGGAAGCUCAUCCCCGCCUAAGAACGCUUUCUUGUCAUGAAAAAUGCACUUUUGCAGGGAGGGCUGGCCUUAUUCAAAUGCGCAUUGUAGUGGAUUUGCGUGCUUUCCAGUCCCUUUGGCCUCUCUGUUCAAUGCACAGCUGCCGUGGCAGCGACUUCAAUUGACUGGACAUGCAAACGUAUCACGUUGGGCUCGUCUUGUUUAAAAGAGGGAAUGAGCCAGUCGUGCUGUUACACAGGAGCGGUUGCCAGUUAGCCUAAAAGCACACACAAAACCCGUGUUUCAGUUUGUUCUCCGUAAAAUGUCAGCGCUCAUGCACAUACCUACACUGCAUGGACAGAAGUAUUGGGACACAGCUUCAUUGUUGAACAACUGAAACAGAUUUCACGGGGCCCUAAGCAAGGUCCAUAAAGGUGUGCUGUGAUGAGUUUAGUGUGGAAGAACAAGCUCAUCAAACACCUCUCCAAUGAUCCUCACGGAUGAGGAAGUGCCAACACUCCAAAACCUUGUAGAAAAAUGCUAUACGUUGCCACAAACACGCCGUCUUUACAACAAAGAAUGAUAGAUUUUGCCAGUAAAAUGGUAGUUUCACACAGAAAUGCUAGAUUUGUUUCCAUUAACAUACUAUUUGUGCAAACUAAAAGGAUGUUUUGCCUCAAAAGGCUGUAUUUUGUCAUUAAAAUGCAUUGUUUGGUCACAUAAUUGUGACAUUAAAACACUAAAAAGGCUUUGGAUUUAACAAAGCCUUCCAAAAUAUGACCUCUGACCUCUCAUAUGGACACACUCCAAUGUGGUGUUGACAAACUCUUUGCUGCUCGCACAUGUGGGUGUCCCAAUACUUGUGUCCGUAUAGGUACUGUCUGAGGCAAGUCACAUUUGGUGUCCUUUUGGUGAGCCGCAGUUACCAAGAGAGUCUUCUCACAUGGUUUAUCAACUUGGCUUAAAUGUGUUCUGUAUUGUUUGGAAUUAUGUUCUACCUUGUUCGUUUUUUUAAAGCGAAUGGGAAAUUCGUAAAAAUUACUUUAAAGUGUGUGACGGGAAAGAUUGCCAACGUCCGUCUUGGAAAGGGGGCGUUUCCGCAAGUGACGGCGGUGAAGGCGCAUCCACACGUAAACAGACAUGGCGGCGUACAGACGGAGGAUGUUUACAGUCAUUACAGCAAACAUCUGAGCCAUGUGUCAAUAGUUUUAGAGGAGGAAGAAACAUCUGCAUAGAGAACUUGCAGAACAGGGAAUUAAGCCGUAUUUAUUGGAACCACCGGCGAUGAAACUAGGGUGUCUGACGAGGAGAUGAAGAGAAUGGGAAGUGUAAACAACCUUGGAGUUGCUUAUCCUUCAAUUAUUGUUUUGAACUGGCUUCUUAAUGAGCAUAAAGGGGUCUUUAGAGCCUUUUUUAGUGUGUAAUUUGCUGCCGCUGCUGCCACCCUCCCACCCCCGUCAACAUCCAUCCGUUUUCUAUGCCGCUUAUCUUCGCAAGUGAAAAUGUGUUUUAUAACGUGUGCAGUGCUUUGAAUGCUUGUCGCUAUGGCGGCGUCGUGUUUACAAUACAGUGGUGUGAAAAAGUGUUUGCCCCCAUCCUGACUUUUUUUUUUUUUUUUGUCGCACUUAAAUGUUUCAGAUCCUCAAACAAAUGUAAAUAUUAGUCAGGGACAACACAACUCAACACUUGAUGCACUUUUUACAUGAAAGAAAAAACAUCCAAAGCUACAUGUCCCUGUGUGAUAAAGUGAUUGGAGAGCCCACAACAACAUCCAAAGAACUGCAGGCCCCACUUGCCUCAGUUAAGGUCAGUGUUCAUGUGUUCAUCCACCAUAAGAAAGACACUGGGCAAAAGCGGCCUGCAUGGCAGAGUUACAAGACCAAAACCACUGCUGAACAAAAACAACAUUAAGGCUCAAAAACAUCUUGAUGAUCCCCAACACCUUUGGGAAAAUACUCAAAAGUUGAACUUUUUGGAAGGCGUGUGUCCCAUUACAUCUGGCAUUUCAGAAAAAGAACAUCAUAGCAACAGUAAAAUAUGGUGGUGGUAGUGUGAUGGUCUUCAGGACCUGGAAGACUUGCUGUGAUGAAUGGAAGCAUGAAUUCUGCUGAAGGAGAAUGUCCGGCCAUCUGUUGGUGACCUCAAGCUGAAAGCAACUUGGGUUCUGCAGCAGGACAAUGAUCCAAAACACACCAGCAAGUCCACCUCUGAAUGGCUGAAGACUUUGGAGUGGUCUAGUCCAAGUCCUGACCUGAAUCCUAUUGAGAUGCUGUGGCAUGACCUUAAAAAGGAAAAGCCUCCAAUGUGGCUGAAUGACAACAAUUCUGCUAAAUUCCUCCCCAGCGCUGGAAGAGACUCAUUGCAGGUUGAUUGUAGUUGUUGCUGCUAAGGGGGGGCCAACCACUUAUUAGCUUUAGGGGGCAAUCACUUUAUCACACAGGGACAUGUAGCUUUGGAUGUUUUUUCUUUCAUGUAAAAAGUGCAUAAAGUGUUGAGUUGUGUUGUCAUUGGCUAAUAUUUACAUUUGUUUGAUGAUCUGAAACACUUAAGCGUGACAAACAUGCAAAAAAAACAAAAACAAAUCAGGAAGGGGGCCAACACUUUUUCACUGCAUGUAAAAACGACCUACUGUUCUGUGGCAACUUUGACUUGGUUGGUUUUAUCUCUUCCUGUGUAGCAUAGCAUCGGUAAUAGCAUCUUAGCAUCCGAAUGCGUUAACAGCGCAUUUUCAAGCCAAAUGCUUCUCGUACAGACGUUCCUUCGUUGCAGUCUUCAGUGAAAUGAACAUUGCACUGCACAGAAUGCCAGGUGAUGCGUCCAAACGAGCAACAUAAAACAUCAUUCCAAACCGUAUGGAACAUAUUGAAGCAAAGUUGAUAAGUCAUGUCAGAAGCAGAUUGGAUCUGACCUUCAUGGUUUUUCAUCUGAGAGGGGACGGGAAUUUCUGUAACUGGGCGUUGUGGCGAAAACACAAAACAUACAAAUAGUCUCAGAUGAAGCACACACACACGCGCGCACGCACGCAGACACACACACACACACACACACACACACAUUUAUCAAGCCAAUGAAUGCUACAAAGAGGAGAUGAUGUAUCUACCGUAUAUGUCAUCUACAGCAUAUGUCAGCAAGCUGUUUUCAUUGUGUUAUUGUUUGUCUCCUCCUGUACAAGGAAGUAUGAGGGCCACACUGACAGAAGAAAGUCGUUUCAAAAAGAAGUUUGGGAGUUUUAACAAAUGUUGCGUACGAACAAUACGUUUAUGCUCCACAUGUUACAACUCAUCCUUGAAGGAGUUGCACAUGAUUCCACUGUGGGACAUGACUGUUUAUAUAGCGUCUCAAAGUUCCUUUUUUCUUAUUUUGACACUUUAUUGCACCUUUUUCUAGAAAACAUAGUUCAACUUUAUUUUCAUAAAAUGUUAACUUUUUUUGCAAAUAUGUCAUUAUUUUUUCUUAAAUUAUGACUCCAAAAAAUGUCUCAUGUUUCCAUCCCUUCAUCACAUUUGGACUUUUUUCCUCAAAAUGAACAUUAAUUUCUCAUCAUCCGUACUGAAAAAUUACAACUUCUGUCUCAUAUUUACACGUUAUUCAAAUGAAAUCUAUUUUUUCUCAGAAUACGCCAACUUUAAUCUCCUAAUGUUACAACGUAUUUGUCUCAUGCUGGGUGGAUGAUGACACUGUUCUCUUCAAAUUACAACCUUUUUCCUCAUUAUUUGACUUUAGUCUUGAAAAAUUCAAACUUUUUAAAUAUUUAGACUUCAAAAAUGUUGGGUUUUUUUCUCACAUUAUUGCAAACCUAACCCUUUUUUCCUCAUUUAGUUUGUGGUAUAAUUACACCAUUUUCUAACGUUAUGAGGUUUUUCUCAUAUUAUGACUUCAUUCUCCAAAAAUUGCAACUUUUUCUAGUAACAUGACAAGUGUUUUCUCUCACAACACUACUUUUAUUAUUUGUAAAAUGACUAUUUUUGUCAGUGUGGCCCCACUAGUACUCCUUUGCACCUUCUGCAAGUGCACUUUUACUUUGAAGAGGUUUUGUUUAUACGGUAUGCUGUAACUAUAUAGAAAUGUACAUUUUUUUGACUUGAACUGUACUAAAAGGUUUUAAUUGUAUGUAGAUGUCAUCAUUUCUUACUAAAGAACAACUGAGUGCUUUUUUCUGCUCGUGUGCGACAGUACUUUAGGAAUAACUCGUCCAAAGCCACUCUGUUGUGUGUGUGUGUGUGUGUGUGUGUGUGUGUGUGUGUGUGAAUAGUGGGUUUGUGUUUGUAUUUAACCAGCAGCUCGUAAUCAACCAGCCAUUGUUUUCUGAUGCAAUCAUAAUCUAUCAACAACUCAGUUGUUGCUUAGUAAGGAAUGCCAUAUCAUCUGAAAUGAAUGUUUAGUGUUUGUUGUAAAUAAGAGUUGUCUUUAGAGGGUGACUGUUGUUCAUUGAUUGUAACAAUUAUGCAACGCGUUGUAAAAUCUGCUUCUUGUUUUUGUUUUGUUUUUUCCAGUGAAAAUCCAGCAUGAUGUCAUUGACGUCUUUGACCUCUUGGCUUCCUGCGUAAAAACACACAACCCUCACGUGUAUGACACCCAAGUGUGAACAGUAGGGCGCUGUGAAAGUCGUUUUAUUUUUUCCCCCAAAUUCCUUUUUUCCGUUUAAAUUUUGUAGAACCCGCACGUCGUCGUCGGGCGCUGUAAACGCUCCUUACAUUAAAGCGGUAAAACAACACGACCGCACUAGCAUGCAAAACUAAGCUAACCGCCGCUAGCUUCCAUUCGCGGUCUGUAAAAGGAGGUUGCGCCAACUUUCGCCGUGGGUUAUCGUCAUUUCAACAUGUUUUCGUCGGGAGGGGGCGGUUUAGUGUUUGUAAUGAUAGUCCGCCACGAUUGAGUCAUCGUCGGAGAAAUAACUCCCCCACACGAACGUUCCUACUUCUUACGAUGACAACAUUCAUUCCCGUGAUGUCAAUUUCCGCGAGAUUCCGUGUUGAACAGUAAAUUCCGUUUUGUUGGGCAAUUCCGCGAUUCCGUUAAACGCGGAAAUUAUAGGUAUCUAGAACCAGACAUGUAGGUACGCCGUACGUCCGCCGUACGUCAACGUCCCCGCCAUAUUGGAUGUGUCAAGGCUGCGCUAUAAAUGAAUACAAGUAAAUAUACUUGAAUAAAGCGCCUUUCUACAAACAAAUUGAAGCUAAACAGGCACCAAACUUGUUUCCCAAGUAAAUUAGUGCUUGUGUUAAUGUAUAAACGAGAGGCAUUUUAUGAAAGUAAGUACAAUUACUUGUAUUCAUUUACAGCGCAGCCCUGACACAUCCAAUAUGGCGGCGACGUUGACGUAUAGUCUCAGUGGACAAACCUAGUCGAUGCUGCGUGAAUCAAUGUCUAUGCCUGUAACAGGCACGUCCUGAAACGUACCAAUGGAUCAUAAUCCCCAUCUGCCUCCACAGUUUGUCUUUAGGAGGCGAUGGAGCGAGGACAGCAGAAGGGGCUUGCGUGAUGAAGAGUAAUAGGCCGCCGUGUCUAAUCGUUUUGAUUUAGCUUCUGGGGUCGGUUCAGUUACAGCUUGAGUGGUUUUAUGCUGCUCAAGUGGAUCUAGCGACUGAUUUAUUGAUCUGGGCAGGCUGUCAGGAUGGCCUCAUAAUUGAAUUCGCAGUGAGGUGUAAUGCCGACAGUCUGGCGCUAGAGGGUACCCUAUUGCUGCAUUGCAAAACAUGACGUCAUUACCAGAGGAAUUGAAGCAGUUCACAGAGUAGUAGAAAAGGCCUACGACGCUGAAACUGCUCACAUACUUCAUUUAUUUAUUUACAUAUAAUGGGACAUUUUGUGGGUUGUGUGCUGGGAGACAUGACUAGUAGUAAAAAAAAACAACAAAAAAACAGGUGGACAAAAGGAAGCAGUACAUAUUUAACUAGUCUACUCAAAAUACAAAAGGAUAAACAUCUGAAGCCAUCGUUGAUAGAAUAAGGUUAGUAUGUUAUGACAGGUGGUGGUGCAUUUAAAAAGCCGAUAAGUGACAUCUAACAUUUAACAAGUAAAUACUGUUUGAAGCACACAGGUAGCGUGCUGCUGGAAUGAAUGCGUUCCACGAUAUUCAACAAGAAGUGAGAUACACUGCACAGGUCAUACUAAGCACACGUAGCGGUACUGCCUCCUAAAAUGUGCGACAAACAAGCACCAAGUCAUAAAGUUGAAAUGCCUUUGCAAAGGUACAGCCGUCACCUGCUGUGUUUUUGUCAUCACACUCACAGCGAUCCACGUGUAACACGCUCGUGAGGCGUGCGAUACAACAUCCAUCACCGGCAGGCUUUAAAAUCAUGUUUAAAAAGGAUGACAGGAUGCUCUGCACUGAUCAUGAUGGUGCUUCAUCACAGUAGUGCUUAGAUGACUGGAGGUGGUGGUUCAAGUUACUUCCCUCCCUUCCGAACAAGCCUUGAAUUCAGAUUCUAACGCAGGGCUUAAACAUGUCUUUAAAAAGUCCCUGAAAUGGACAGCCUUCAAGAGCAGUGCAACAACAUGACAACAUAUGAAUUUCUAUCGAUGCAGGAACCCCCCCUCCUGCGACAGAGACAGGACGAGGAGGGGUGGGGAUGAGAAUGUUGAGGUGGAAGAGAAGGUUUCAUAUUCUACUCCAGCGACUGCAGCAUGAGGAGCUGCUUGAGGACCUUGGUCUGACUGGUCUCCCGGAUCUCGCCGGCGAGGAACAUCUCGUCCACCACCGUGUACACCUGCAGGAAGACCAGAUGGCUUGGCGGCAGGGCGGACAUACAGUAGAUAAGUCACAAGAGGAAGUUCUGAACAAAAAUAGUCAAGGAUUACCCAAAAACCACAGACUGAAAGUAGACGUGACAUUAUCUCCUUCCCUCCCCAAAUAAGACUUCCUGGAACAUCGCCUCGUGAAAUGACGACUUGUCAACUCAUCACUUAUGAAAAUAGCCACCAGAUCACCCGGCUUCAUGAGAAGUAUGACAACAUCUGUGGGUAUUUCUUAUGUUUCCAUAUGUGUAACGUCAAUUCCGACUGUUUCUUUUCCUUCCUCCACCAAUCACUGCUGGUGUUAAUUCUACAUGGGUUGCUAUGGCAGAACAGGGAAACGUUGACACCGUCACUUUUAGUGUGAACUUUUUUUUCUUCUCACCUUGUAGAAGUUGAAGACGAGGUCCAAUUCACACACGUUGUGGAAGUACUCGUUGAGCACCUUGUGGGAGACACACAAUGGGGUCACUUAACGGUAGGCCUGUCUCGAUAAUCAAUACAUCGACUAAUCGAACGCAACAGCCCCAGUGUGGGAAUAUUUCGGUUUUAAACAGAAUGAACACGGUGAGAGCAUGAACACCAAUGAAGCCAUGUUCCAAAGCAGUGAAACCAACUAAAGCCAAACUAAAGCCAAUCUUUGUGUUUUUGUUAGAAAAAGAUCUUAGAGUAAAGUGCACCACCCACAAGAAUGUUCUAUUAAUGUUCAGCAGGACAUAAGAGGACAUGUUUUUUCAAAGACAAUCAUUAACAGACAUUCCUGUAAACAAACAGAGCGGAACAACUCCAUCAACAUAGCUGACUUGCUGAGUGGCUCCACUGUACGUGUACGCCAUACAGUACAUUGUGUGCUUUAAGUCUGUGUGUGUGUGUGUGUGUGUGUGUGUGUUACCUCGACAAAGUUGUGGAUUCCCUCGAGAUAUGCCAAGUUGUUAUCAGUCACGUCCACGCAAAUGCAGAAGUAGAGCCCAGCGUAGCGUCGGUAUAUGAUCUUAAAGUUUCGGAACUGGGGAAAAACGACACCGUCAGUUUUUACUCACGUAGCGCCAAAUCACUACAGAGGUUAUGUUCUGGAGCACGUCCUGAGGGAUGUCCUUAAAAAUGUUACUUUGUUCAUCAGGUGUAUUUUCACUCGUAUCGAUGUUUGUUAGGUAAAUGACUUCUUCCUCUUCAAUUUUGUAUCGGAUUUACAGAGUGUUGGACCACACUGACUCAAAACGAUGGCUUGGAAUGUUAAAGGGGACCUAUUAUACUAUAUUUUCGGUCCUUUGUAUUGAGUUGUGGACUCCUAUAGAGCAGCUCAACAUGAUAACCUGCACAGAAAGCUUUCUAGAUCUUCCAGACGGUGCACCUCUUCCUGCAGUGUUUCCUGCCUUCCUGCAGGCACGCCUCCCGCCGAGCCCACACCGCUGUGAUCGCUUAGGCUCCCAAGGGCGCCCGAGGACUUACGGACAGCUGCAGAACCCCUUUUGUCCGAUGACUUACACAAAAUAAACACACUUGGGGCACUGAUAAAUUACUUCCAGCCUGCUCUUCUGACUCUUCAACACGACCACGUAACGUCGGGAAGGCGUCGAAUAGUCAGGCUUCGUAUUGGCCCAUGUUCACAUAACAGCGCCGUUGACACAUGAGCAUAUUUUUCUCUCGCUAGCCGGGAAUCAGCGACUCCAACCACUUCUGCCUGAUAUACACCCCAACAAACAUUUCCUGGGAGCCAUACGUGCUAACACGGUAAACAGAGCAGAGCGAAGCAGAGCAGGGGAGGGCAGGCCUACAGCGUGUGCCUGGGCAUGCCCAUAUAAGGAAGUCCGUGUUGCACUGAGGUCGCUGGAACUCGGUGUUAAAACAAACAAAAAACAAAAAAAACACAGCAUACAGAGCCAUCCAAAACUGCUUUCAGGUCUCACUUCCAAAUGCGCAAACCUCAUUAUCUGACAUGUUGGCAUCGUUUAACACGAGAAUACAAGACUAAGUCAGAAAAGAGGAAAAGCGUAAUAGGUCCCCUUUAAGUCCAACUUUAAGCCUUUCAAGCUCAUGAAUUGGAGCUUCAGGACAAGAUGGAAGGUAUGUAGGAUAUUAAUUCACUUUAACAUCUAUCUGCAGAUGAAAUUUCAUUCAAAUCUUAUGGUGCGAAAUACUACAUGUCGUGUUUGCAUUGUCCUAUUUUCAAUAUGGAUGCCUUGAUUGUAAAUAUAAAAGCAAAUAAAAUAUGGAUAAUUUAGAUAUCAUAACAAAAUCAUGCUAAAAAAACACUGAUUUUCACAAACAUGGAGUGGAUGGUGGAUUUUAUACAUCCCUGUCAUGGAUGAUAGCUAUGUAUUUCUUGUGUGGGGUGAAAAGGAAUACACUGCAGUCAGAUGCAUAUACAAGUACAUGAAAAAUAUCA